GGAAAAAAUCCACAAAACCAACGCUCAAACGUGUUGGAUGGUUUCUGGUUCUCCCUGAGAUAAACUUUUUGGCCCCUAUCGUUUUUUCACCUCCAUUUUCCUCAACAACUCCAAACAACUUCCACCACCCGUUGUCAGUUUAGUAAUAGCCGACUUUCUCAACCAUAUCGCUUUCAGGGUUUUCCGUAUCUCGUUGCAACCCUUCUUUCAAAUCUCCACAAUCUUCAUCAAAGCCUCAACUUUUCCUUGAGAGCGUCACAUUUGGUCAUCUGGGUUUUGUUGCUGUUGCUCAAUUUCUCAACCUCUGAUCAGAUUUUACAUUUUGGCAAUUAGUUUCUCAAUUUCUGAGAGUGUUUGAUGGACAACAGGGCAGAGGUAAAACGAGUUUUUCAGAUGUUUGAUCGAAACGGAGACGGGAAGAUCACCAAGAAGGAGCUCAGGGACUCUUUAGAGAACCUGGGGAUCUACAUUCCUGACAAGGACUUGAUCCAGAUUAUCGAAAAAAUCGACGUGAACGGGGAUGGGUUCGUGGAUAUCGACGAGUUCGGGGCGUUGUACCAGACGAUCAUGGACGAGAGGGAUGAAGAGGAGGACAUGAGGGAAGCAUUCAACGUGUUUGAUCAAAAUGGAGAUGGGUUCAUUACAGUGGAUGAGUUGAGGUCAGUUUUGUCAUCUUUGGGGCUGAAGCAGGGGAGGACAUUGGAGGAUUGCAAGAUAAUGAUAAAGAAGGUGGAUGUUGAUGGAGAUGGGAGGGUUAAUUACAAGGAGUUUAAGCAGAUGAUGAAACGUGGUGGAUUUGCUGCUUUAGGUUCAACUUGAUUUCAUAAGAGCAGCCUAUUUGUUUGUGUACUCUUGUGAAAUCUCAUGUUAAAAGAAUCCAAAAUCCUUCGUUUCUUUGUGGGUUUUUAUCAUCA